CUUCAUCUCCUUGGCCUCUUCUACACCUUUUCUUUUGCUUAGCUUCACAAAACAAAAAGAGAAGCUGCUCAAGCACUCCCUUUCACUCUCUCUCGCUCUCUCUCUCUCUCUCUCUCUCUCUCUCUCCCCAACUCAAAAAAAUUAUGGGCUCAUUCUCUUAUAGCUUCUUUAGAUUGAAGAACACUAUAUUCUUCAGAAUUUUCAUGAUUUUGUUCUUGAGCAGUAUCACUCAUAGAAUGAACCUUUGCUCCAACCUUCCUCUAGCAGACCCAAGUUUGCCCAACUUGGGUUCAUCCUAUGUUCUUUCUUCAUUGAAAACAAUCCAUCUAGACGGCCACUUCAACUUCGACAAUAUUUAUCAUGCAGCCAAUGAUUUUGGCAACAGACACCAUUACCUUCCAUCGGCAAUUCUACAUCCAAAAUCAGUUUCUGAUAUUUCCUCCACAAUAAAGCAUAUAUUUGAAAUGGGUCCAGCAACAGAACUAACCAUUGCCGCUAGAGGCCAUGGUCACUCUGUCCAAGGUCAAGCACAGGCCCAUCGAGGUGUAGUCGUCAACAUGGAAUCACUUCAGGCACCCAAAACGAUAGUUCACACCGGGAAGAUGCCUUAUGCAGAUGUUUCUGGCGGGGAGCUGUGGAUAAAUAUUCUGCAUGAGUCUCUUAAACACGGCCUUGCACCCAAAUCCUGGACAGAUUAUCUUCAUCUGACAGUCGGGGGCACUCUGUCAAAUGCAGGAAUUAGUGGGCAAGCAUUCCGGCAUGGACCACAGAUCAAUAACGUCUACCAGCUGGAAGUUGUCACAGGGAAAGGAGACAUAAUUACCUGUUCAGAGACGCAGAAUGCAGACCUAUUUUAUGGAGUUCUUGGAGGAUUGGGACAGUUCGGCAUCAUCACCCGUGCUAGAAUUUCUCUUGAACCAGCGCCCAAGAUGGUGAAAUGGAUUAGAGUGCUCUAUUCAGAAUUCUCCAUUUUUUCCAAGGACCAAGAACACUUGAUAUCUUUCAAGAAUUCGUUUGACUAUAUUGAAGGAUUUGUUAUAAUAAACAGAACUGGCCUGCUUAAUACCUGGAGAUCUUCCUUCAAUCCUGGAGAACCACUUCAAGCAAGCCAGUUCAAUUCAGAUGGAAGAACUCUCUACUGCCUGGAAAUGGCCAAAUACUUUAACCCAGAUGAGACCCAUAUUGUGAACCAGGUAAUCGAGAGCUUGCUGUCUGAAUUGAGUUAUAUUCCAUCCACACUUUUCCUAUCGGAAGUUCCAUAUGUGGACUUCUUGGAUAGAGUACAUGUCUCUGAGAUAAAACUCCGUGCGAAAGGAUUAUGGGAAGUGCCUCACCCAUGGUUGAAUCUUCUCAUUCCCAAAAGCAGAAUUCACGAUUUUGCCAAAGAAGUCUUUGGGAACAUUCUCAGAGACACUGGCAAUGGUCCUAUACUCAUCUACCCAGUUAACAAAUCCAAGUGGAACAAUAGAACAUCUUUGGUUACUCCACAAGAAGAUAUUUUCUACCUAGUGGCAUUCCUAUCCUCUGCAGUACCAUCUUCCACAGGAACAGAUGGCUUAGAGCAUAUUUUAACACAAAACGAAAGGAUACUUGAUUUCUGUGAAGGGGCCCGUCUGGGGAUGAAGCAAUAUCUGCCCCAUUACAGCACUCAGGAUAAGUGGCAAGCCCACUUUGGCCCUAAAUGGGAAGUUUUCGUAAAGAGGAAAUCAACGUAUGACCCCUUAGCAAUCCUUGCUCCAGGGCAGAGAAUCUUCCAAAAAGCAACAUCCUUCUCAUGGAGCAGGAUUCUCGCAUAAGCACAUAAUUCAAAAAAGGCCUUUAAGGCAUAUGGAGAAAAAGCCAGAAAGCCUGAAACUGUACAUUAAUAAUAAUUUAGUUUAAAAGUUUCUUGGAUGUCCCAUGUCCGCAACAAUUAUUAGCAUAAAAUAAGAGGGCUGUGAGCUAUAUGACAUUCUUUUGAAAAA